UAAAUCGUUGAAUCACAAAUUGUAAAAUGUAUUUAAUAAUGUUUAUAUCUUUCUGAAAUAUAAAUAUGGAUAACAUCGGAUUGCUUUUUAUACUCUUAAUGAUAUUGAGCGCAUACAACAGCUCUGUAGGACAAUAUAACCUAACUAGUUCACUUCCAGCAGCAAUACUAGGAAAGGCAUAUUCGUGGACGUGCUCCAUUUUUACACCAGUAGACCAAAAGUAUACUGUUGUUAAAUUUACAAGGAACAGUAUCCUUGUUGGAACUGUUGGAUGGAAUUCUGACGGUACAUGUCUUUCUAAUCCUCAAAGUUCAAGGUAUGAGCUUCACUGUGUCUCCGAAAAUGUAUUUUCUCUAUCAAUUCCUCCUGCAAGCAUGACGAAAUACGAAGAAAGCUCAGACUGGCGAUGUGGUUACUUCGGGGAUGAAAGUUACAAAAGCAAGGUUGUACAACUCAAAAUUGCAGUAUUUGUUCGGAACUUGUCUCUUUCACCAAACAAAAAUCCGUUAACCUUGGCAGAAGGCACAAGGACGUUGGUUACGUGCUCUGUAAAUAGUGAUGCCUACCCCGCCCCCAUCAUCCAAUGGUUUAUCGGGGAAACUGAAGUUAAUGGGACCAACCAAAAAUUGGAACUGAUGGCUGACAAGAAUGAUGACGCAAAAAUAUUACGUUGCCGGGCGACCAACAAUAACAACUCGCUCACUACAGCUACAGUCCUGAAUAUUCUCUACAAACCCGUUACCAGGAUUGCAUCUCCCAAAGUCCUGAAUGUUAAUAUUGGCGGGAAAGUAAAAGUCAACUGUGAAGUUGUAAAGGCAAACCCUGUAGUAAUUCUGGAAUACCUCUGGUCGGUGCCAGGAAAUCCUGAAAUUGUUGGAAGAGAAUCGUAUUUAAGUAUUGAUAGAGUUUCACUGAGGGGCAACAAUACUCUGCAGUGUAGCGCCAGAAACAGUGUUGGGUGGUCGAAUGUUGCUUCAGUUGCCAUCAAUGUUCUCUUUGUGCCUCUUUCCCCAAAGUUCAUUAAAGCAGUUUGCUGCUACGACCAUGCCGAUAUUAUAUGGGCAACAUCAACGUCUGGUUCUGUGGAGCAAACAUCCUUUGUACAAUGGGCUUCAGAUGCAAUUAAUGGGCCCUUCUAUAACGCAGCAACAGACGCUGUGAACACGACAGAGGAAGACGUGUAUUCGGUGAGGGUGAACCACUUGUCCCCAGACAGCAGGUACUUGUUCCGAGUGGUGUCUGUGAACCGGUACGGAUCCGUCAGCUCCACGACUGUCUCGUGUCAAAUCAAAAAGAGAGGGCUAGCUGUGGCCCUAGGGGUAACCUUCGGUGUCCUUCUAUUUUUGUCUGUUGCUGCCAAUAUCUAUUUGAUUUAUCGACAAUCACAGACAAAAGAUGGAAACACAACUAAGUCACCCAGAUCUAAGAAGGACACAAACUAUGAAGCCGAAUCUAUGAAGCUAUCAGAUGUGCAUCAAUAUCAGGAAAUAACAGUUUCUUAAAAACAAGAUGAGUUGAAUUAUUUGAUAGGUCAAACAGUUACUGCCAACUGUGCUGUUAUGAUAAU